AUGGUUAAAUCAUACCAACGUUUCGAGCAAUCUGCAUCUUUCGGUGUAAUAGCGUCCAACGCCAACUGUGUUUGGUUACCUGCGUCAUCCAGAACUAAGAGUGGUAGUGGGCCGGGACAAUUGAUCACGAGCGCCCUUGAGAACGUUAAUGUAUGGGAUAUUAAAACUGGAGAUUUGAUGAGUACAUUAUCUGAUGGCUUGCCUCCAGGUGCGUCUGACGCCAGGGGUGCCAAGCCUGCAGAAUGUACGUAUUUGGAAGUACAUCAAGAUACGGAUUUGUUAGCCGUUGGGUACGCAGAUGGUGUCAUUAAAGUUUGGGAUUUGAUGUCCAAGACUGUGCUUUUGAACUUCAACGGCCACAAAGCAGCCAUAACAUUGUUACAAUUUGACGGGACCGGCACACGAUUGAUUUCUGGUUCCAAGGACUCUAAUAUCAUUGUGUGGGAUCUUGUUGGUGAAGUAGGUCUUUAUAAACUCAGAUCACACAAGGAUUCCAUCACUGGAUUUUGGUGCCAAGGAGAAGACUGGUUGAUCAGCACUUCCAAAGAUGGAAUGAUCAAGUUAUGGGAUUUGAAAACACAACAGUGUAUUGAGACACAUAUUGCACAUACUGGGGAGUGUUGGGGCCUUUCAGUAAAAGAUGAUUUACUAAUCACAACUGGUACAGAUAGCCAGGUAAAACUUUGGAAGUUGAAUAUUGAGAAUGACAAAUUAGGGGGAAAAUUAACCGAAAUGGGUACUUUUGAAAAGCAAAGUAAGCAACGUGGGUUGAAGAUUGAAUUCAUAACAAACACAUCCGAUGGAAAUUCUUUUUUCUACAUUCAAAACGCUGAUAAAACUAUUGAAAUUUUUAGGAUUAGGAAAGAAGAAGAAAUAGCAAGAGGUUUAAAGAAAAGAGAGAAGAGAUUAAGAGAGAAAGGUUUAACAGAUGAAGAAAUUACAAAAUCUAUUAAAGAUUCCUAUUCCUCGCUUAUUUUGCAUCCUUUUCAAACCGUAAGAUCACUGUAUAAAAUAAAAUCUGCAUCAUGGACAACAAUCACAAGUUCCAAAUUAGAAUUGGUGUUGACCACGUCUAAUAAUACUAUAGAAUAUUACUCCAUUCCAUAUGAAAAAAGAGAGCCAACCAGUCCUGCCCCCCUUAAGACCCAUACGAUCGAAUUGCAAGGACAACGAACGGAUAUGCGCAGUAUUGAUAUUAGUGAUGAUAACAGGUUGUUAGCUACAGCAUCCAAUGGUUCAUUGAAAAUCUGGAAUGUAAAAACGCACAAAUGUAUCAGAACUUUUGAAUGUGGAUAUGCGUUAACUUGUAAAUUUUUGCCAGGUGGGUUAUUAGUAAUUCUGGGGACAAGAAACGGGGAGUUGCAACUCUUUGAUCUAGCAUCCUCAAGUCUUUUGGAUACCAUUGAGGAUGCGCACGAUGCUGCAAUUUGGUCUCUAGAUCUAACGUCUGAUGGUAAAAGAUUGGUAACCGGAUCUGCGGAUAAAACCGUCAAAUUUUGGGAUUUCCAAGUUGAGAAUACCCUAGUGCCAGGUACUAAGGAUAAGUUCCUACCCAUUUUAAAAUUGAACCAUGAUACAACUUUGGAAUUAAAUGACGACAUAUUAAGUUUACGAAUCUCUCCAGAUGAUAGGUACCUUGCCAUUUCAUUGCUAGAUAACACUGUUAAGGUAUUCUUUUUGGAUUCAAUGAAGUUUUACUUAAGUUUAUAUGGGCAUAAAUUACCUGUACUAUCUAUUGAUAUCUCAUUCGAUUCUAAGAUGAUCAUCACAUCCUCAGCUGAUAAAAAUAUCAAAAUUUGGGGCUUAGAUUUUGGUGAUUGUCACAAAUCUUUAUUUGCCCAUCAGGACUCCAUUAUGAGCGUUAAGUUCCUACCAGAAUCGCACAAUUUUUUCAGUUGUUCCAAAGAUGCAGUGGUGAAAUAUUGGGACGGUGAAAAGUUUGAAUGUAUUCAAAAACUAUACGCUCAUCAAAGCGAAGUUUGGGCAUUAGCAAUUUCUACCGAUGGUAGCUUUGUUGUUUCUUCAUCCCAUGAUCACAGUAUAAGAAUUUGGGAGGAAACGGAAGAUCAGGUAUUCUUGGAAGAAGAAAAAGAGAAGGAACUUGAAGAACAGUAUGAAGAUACGUUGCUAACUUCUUUAGAAGAAGGAAAUGGUGAUGAUGCAUUCAAAGGCGAUGCAACAGGCGAAAGUGUUGACGAUGAAGUAUCUGGAGUUCAUAAACAAACGCUGGAAUCGUUAAAGGCUGGUGAAAGAUUGAUGGAGGCAUUAGACUUAGGGAUUGCCGAAAUUGAAGGUAUUGAAGCAUAUAGCAGGGAUAUGAAGUUAUGGCAAAGGAAGAAGUUAGGUGAAGCACCAAUAAAACCACAAGGCAACUCUGUCUUGAUUGCCGUAAAUAAGACGCCUGAACAAUAUAUUAUGGAUACUUUGUUAAGAAUAAGAUCCUCUCAGUUAGAAGAUGCAUUGAUGGUUAUGCCAUUCUCUUAUGUCCUAAAAUUUUUGAAGUUUAUUGAUUCAAUUAUGCAAAAUAAAAGUUUGUUGCACUCUCACCUACCAUUAAUUUGUAAAAACUUGUUUUUCAUUAUCAAGUUUAAUCAUAAAGAACUGGUUUCUCAGAAAAAUGAGGAAUUGAAAUGUCAAGUAAGUAGAGUGAAGACUGAAUUAAGAAAUGCAUUAAAAUCUACCGAGGAUGAUUUAGGAUUUAAUGUUCAGGGUCUCAAAUUCAUUAAACAACAAUGGAAUCUAAGACACAACUACGAAUUUGUUGAUGAAUAUGAUCAACAGGAAAAAGAGAGUAAUGGCGCAAGAAAGAGAUUUUUCGAAACGGUUGUGUAA